AUGAAUUACGGACAAGCUGGACUACUUUAUACUCCUCCCCCAAGGCAUCAGAGUAGUAUUCAUUUCCGCCAAGGAUAUAAUCAAUCACCCUUCCCCCCAAGAAACUACUGGCAUGGCCCGUCACGGGGAAGUUGGAACCGCCAGAUUCCUCGCUACCGUAGGCAUAAUCAUCCGCAGGUAUUCAUGCGGCCGGUUUUGUCUUACCCUUCGACCUCUACGAGACAUCGCCAUCAUGGGCAGAAUGGAAACUGGGAGCGCUGGAGACAAAACCCAUACACGUCUGCACCAGGAUUAUUGCCUUCAUCGUUCCACAACCACUCCUCCGAUCGGUACAACAUUUCGGCCCCCCAGAGAAGGGUUCCACGAGUGGUGCCAAAUGACAGGCAGGAGAAGGCAUUUAGCGAGAUCAUGAAUGGAGCGUUUGAUUUGAAACGAUCACCCAUGUGCCUGGGGAAGAGACUGGCAAACAUUGAUACCACACCAGCUUCAACUUGGCUGUUACAGCAACACGGCUCUUUUGGCGCCCGGAAACUGGGGAAGCGAGCUGCGUCUUCUCAAAUCACACCUCCCGUUGAGACUUACAAGAAGGCCAACUCUUCCUCGUCUGGUGGAAGCAACCAAAGUGAAACAGUUUCAACUAGACUUGAAUGCGACAGUAGAGCCCUGAAUCCAGUCUCCGUGGAACUCACAAAUCUCGCCCAGUUAAUCCAACAGAAUACAGAGCAGUCAACAGAGCUGAAGGAACUCCUAUCCAGGUACUUGAGCCUCAAACAAGAGGAGUUGAGCAGCCGCCAAAGCACUGAUCGUGGCUCUAACCGGACACCGGAACAAUCCGAAGAUAAUGGAGGCAUGUUAAGUCCUGGCCCACAUGUUGCAAAUGGAGGUGGUGAAAGCCCAGAUCCCCCACAUGGCAAUAGGGAUGCUUUCAAGGGACACAUGAUAGACUGUGUCGAGGUGACUUCAGAGUCAAGGACUAAUUCUGAUGUCGGAACUAACUCUACUAAGGCAACUUCAGUAGAUGUAGAGAUUUUUGACCCUGCCUGUUUCCUCGAGUUAUUUCCAGAGAAGCCCCUCAUAAGGCCCAUGAAUACAGUUCAACACCGUCCCAGCUCCAAGAACUCCAUAUCUUCUGAGAGUUCGGAGGAGCGUAAAAACCGCUUUGAGCGUAGCCCUAAGUGCACAAACAACAAAACACGGGUAUCCUCUUCGAUGGAGGCUGAAUGUCGCCGUAGAGCAGGGCUAUGCCGAGGGGCACCAUCACCAGGCAAUAGCCCAUCUGGAAAGCAAAUCGAAUUCGAGUUUUUUCCAAGAUCUCCAUCUUCAGGAAGCCUAGCCGGCUCAUCUACCAACGGAGAUGGCCAUCCACAGCCGGUGGUAAGUCCGAUGUCUCGAUACUCACCCAGACGCCCGUUAUUAAUCUCGAGCACCGGGUCUUCCCCCUUGAUUGGAGAUCGACAUAUCGACCCAUGCAUAUCUUCCGAGUUCGUGUUGCCCUAUUAUGCCCGUUCUCAGUUAAGAGAACGUUCCUAUCAAUCCUGGGGCAGCAGUCCACAGUCCCCCUGA